AUGUCCAUCCUACCAGCCCUCUCGCGCCGAAGCCUGCUCGCAUCCGCCUCUUCAACCAUCAUCUCCAAGUCAUCACUCCUCCCAGCCCUCUCAUCCUCCAGACUCCUCCUCCCAUCACCUAGCCAACUCCGACAUACCUCAACUACCACAACAACAACAGCCACAACAACAGCAUUACCAUCACAACCACCCCUACCACCCCCCUCCACAUCACCAUCAUCAACAUCACCCCAACCCUCGCAAGACCUCCAAACCCUCACCCGUCUCCACAAAUCUCUCCUUCACCAACCUCCAUACUACACAACAAUCCACAUCCACAAUACACCUUACCUCGUUACCCUCGGCGACCGCAUAACCCUCCCAUCCCUCCUCUACCCCCCAAAGAACCCCCUAAUCUCAAAUCCACUAAACAAACCCCUCCAACCGGGUGACAUAAUCCGUCUAACCCAUGCCUCAACCCUCGGAUCGAGAGAAUAUACCAUAAAGGGCACACCUUAUAUCGACCCCAGAUUGUUUGAAUGCAAAGCAGUGGUUGUGGAGAUUACCAGUGAACCCAUGAGGAUUAAGGAGAAGACCAAGAGGAGGCAGAGGAGGGUUAAGAAGGUUAAGAGUAAGCAUCGGUAUACUGUGCUAAGGAUUUGUGAGUUAGGGGUUAAUGAGUGGCCGGAGGAGUUGGGUGAAGAGGUUACUGCUGCUGCUCCGCCAGCUAUAUAA